UGGGCGUGGACACCGAGGCUCUGGCUUCCUGCUCGGUGAACACGUGGUUCCGUGUCAGCCUUCUUGCUUGUCUGUCAGUGUGUGAAGGUUUUCUUCUCUCACUCCUCACCCCAUAGCUCUCCCCUCUAUCCUCCCGUGCCACACUGCAGACCUCCUUCUCUCGUGACUCUGUCCCACCCGCACCUCCUCCUGCUCCUCCGCGUGCGGCUACACUUAGCUUCUCCUCUUUGCUACGGCUCGCGUGGACUACCGACAUCCAGGCCGCGGUCCCUUCAACGUGUAUCUUCCCAAUAGAGUGUGAAAGUGUGUGUGUGCGACAGAGAUUGUGUGUGCGUGUGCGCGCACCCGCAGCCGGUCUCUCCGUGUUCUUUCUCCCCCGCCAUCCCUCCUCGUUGUUCGGUCAUGACGCUGGAAUCGAUCCGCUACCGGGCCGGGUCUCUGCAGAUCCUGAACCAGCUGCUGCUGCCACACCAGACUACUUACGAGGAGAUCCGCUCGGUGCAGGACGCUUACGAGGCCAUCAAGUCCAUGAAGGUGCGGGGCGCCCCGGCCAUCGCCAUCGUCGGCUGCCUCAGCCUUGCUGUGGAGUUGCGAGCGGGCGCCGGGGGCGAUGACCCCGUGACCUUCAUCAGGGAGUCUCUGUGCCACCUGACCUCGGCUCGGCCCACCGCCGUCAACAUGGGCCGCGCCGCCCGAGAGCUGAUGGAGUUCGCUGAGAACGAGAGCAUGGAGAAGAACUCCGAACAGCUCAGAGAAAGUGUAAUCUCCUGGAUCGAAGACAUGCUGGAGCGUGAUGUCAACGACAACAAGAAGAUCGGUAACUAUGGCGCCCAGCACAUCCUGUCCGGCGUUCCGAGGGACUCUGUUACCAUCCUCACACACUGCAACACCGGCUCGCUCGCCACCGCUGGAUACGGGACAGCACUCGGCGUGGUGAGAAGCCUCCACACGCUGGGCAGGCUGAAGCGUGUGUACUGCACGGAGACGAGGCCGUACAACCAGGGGUCCAGACUGACGGCGUACGAGGCGGUCGCAGAAGGAAUCCCUGCUACCCUUAUCACCGACAGCAUGGCGGCCCUGACCAUGAGAGAAAUGAACAUCACAGAUCGCAAAUACCUCAUUGUUUCUGCCUACUUGGGGUCCGAAUGCGCCGUCCCGUUCAAAUGA